CUGAGGCAAGUUUGGCACCCACUUGGAGAAUGGCUUGAUGGGAUCCAUCCAGUGUGAAAUGUUCAGCAUCAGAUGGACUCUUUACAGGCUCAGCUUUAUUCCCCCAUUGAGAUGGUGUUUGGGGAGCUGGAUAAAUCCUCUGGUAUUUGGACCCUGAGAAAUGCCCACAAGACGGCACGUUACUUACCACAGUAACCUGAGUGCUUCCAAAGGCUGGCUUCUGUAGCGCACAUGUGACCAAGGUUUUGCUCUUUAUUAUGACUGGAUUAAACAGUGGUGAUGGAAAAUAAAACCCCCUUCAGAAGAUCAAGUUCUCAAGUCCCAAGGGAAAUAGCACCAGGUUCAAUAAAUAAGAGAGGAUCCUGACUUGCAUUGUUCCAAAUGGAAGGUUCUCAACUUCGUGUGCACUUCAUGGGAUAAAAAAAAAAUGAUCCCCUUUGUAAAAAGAAACCCUGUCCGGUUUCCUAGCAAAGAGCUGCUUGCUGAGCCUCCCGGAUUAAUUGAUGACAAGCUGUUUGGUGACUAUGACUGCAAACAAUUGGUUUCAGAAAAGGAUUGUCACAUACCUAGCCAUUCCAUGGGGGACAUCCUAGCAAAUCCAUCAGACUCCUCUGGUUCUUCUUACCACACUGCUCUGUGCUCAGAGGGAACCGACAGCUUUAAGGACUGUGUGGAGUCUUUUGAAGAUGAUAUAGAUAGGCUGUUAACCAGCUCACCUGCUAAUGACCUGGUACCGGCAAGUCCUUCAGAACUGAGCUCUGCUGCUGUGAAAUAUUUCCUGGCCAGCCCUUCGGACAAUAAAGCUGAGCAACUCAGUGAGAGACCAGGUCUUUCUGAUAAAGCCUCACGUCCAUGGCCUGACCAAUGCAGCAAAGGAGAUGAUCACACAUCUGCUGCUGCAUCUACAGCUGGAACUCACUCAAUUUCCUGUGGAAGCCAGGCUUCAGGAGCCUUUUUAGCGGUCACAGCUAAGAGGCCACAGAGCCAGGCAAACAGCAUGCAUGCCCCAAGCCACCAAGUCUGCAGAGACCAAGGCUGCUACAGCGACAAGGAGAAUCAACAGGUUCAGAUGUCAGUCACGGCUAAGAAUAGCUCAGCUCCUGUGUACAGUGUCAGGAUGGGGCUAGUCACAAGAGAGCUGCAGCCUGGAGACACUGGGUCUAAAUAUUUGGAUCAUCCUUUGCCAUUUAAUUCGCAGAGAUCCGGGGGAAUGUUCCUCUGUGCCCGCCAGAUGAAGAAGCCCAGCCGAGUGCCUGUAAGUAGCAAACCAGCAUGUCCCCAGUAUUGCGCUGAAUUCUCAAGUGCUGUGAGUGACUCCGAUGAGGCUGAUAAUGAGGUUCAGAAGCUCACCGCUCUGUCAUUCCGGAGUCUCUCGUGUCCCCAUGGCAGUUACCUAGAUAUGUACAGUUCUAGCAACAGGACAUCGUCCAGCUUGUCCAAUUCCUUGUCAGAAGACAGUAAUGGAGUAAACAGGUGGUCAACAUGUCAUGAUCUGAGAAAAGCAGAGGUGCUCAACCCUGCAAAGGGCAACAGACAAUUCCCAACUGUCAGCCAAGCCCCUGAAAAAGAUCAGCUUAAUAACACAUGCAGGAAGGAGCAGUUUGAGUGUAUCGAUGUGGUGCUGGACAACGCUGACAGCAGACAGAGUCACUUCAAAAAAAGGACUGUUCCCAAACGUCAGAUCCAGCUCAAACAGAAGGACAGAAAAGACAUGAAUUUCCUUGCUAGGGGCGAGAGCACUGCCCAACAAGGUUUCUUACCACUUAGGAACGAGUCCUGUACAAAAGGCAGGAUCAUCAGUGAUGAAUUCAGGAUAAACUACAAACAGUUUAUGAGAACAGCGUCCUUAAAUGAUUCUUACAGCAAAACCCAGAUGGCUUCUUGCCUGGUGAAAAAUGUGCUGGCCAAGAAAAUGCAGUAUGAGCAAAAGAUUAAAAUGGAACAAAAAUCCAUGCAGGGCAGUUCCACCUCUUCAGCACCAUCCUCCGUAAGUACUGACCUCAUGGGGGAUUUUAUGGAACAGAAGUCAAGUUCUCUGUCCAAGUCUGACUGCAGCUAUUCAGGGGAAGAUAUGCAAAGUCAUUCAACAAGUGAAAAGUCAGAGUCUGUAGCAAUGAGUCAGGACAGCAUGGAUGUCCUACGGCCGACCAAGGGGGUAGUGUUGAACAAGCAGCUAAGAGAAAAUGUCUGUAAGCUGAAAAAGACAUUUAAUGAGCUCAAUGAACGAAUGAAGUACCAAGAUGUUCUGCAGUCCAAGAGACUUCCUAUCUUGGCAGAUGGUGUGAAUGAGGGGUCCAAGAACAACAAGAAACAGAUUGCUGGAAAGAGGAAAGAAUACCAGAAAGCUCGUGCCCUGUUUGAAUCCCAACAGGCUGAUCCAAAGGGAGUGGAUACCACCCCAUCAUUUUCUAAAAUACAAAAGCCAUGGCCAAACCUUAAGCAGCGAGCAAUCAAGCCAAAUAAGCAAAUGUCAUGGAAAAAGGAAAAGAGCCCCUUUGAGCCAGAAAGCCUUGCAGUACCCAGCAAGACAUCCAGAACCACCUUCACAUCCAAAACACAGGAGAUGAAGCUGAUGCCCCAGGCUAAAAAUGAGGAGAAGACACCGACUACCUCUAGGCACCUGACUCCAGAUGGAAGCUCUGAGGGGAAGGUGCCGGCAGCAGUGCACAGCAUCAAACAGUCAUCUCUCAUUUUGCCCACAUCUGGCAAACCGUGUGACGAUGGGAAGACCAGCUGCCCUGAAGCAUCACAUGUUGAGGAGACCAAGGAGACAAGAAGUAAAGGGAAGGGUCGAAUACAUCAGCCCAGGGAUGUCCGAAAAUUAGUUAAGAACACCUAUAGCUUGUGCUUUAAAUCUUCAGACAUUUCCCAAAUAGUCCAAUACCCCUGCGAAGAAACCAACAGUGAAGGCCUAGCAACAAAGGAGCCCACUGCAGCCUCCCCACUAUUUAUCCACUGCACCUCAAUACAACGUAAAGACGCUACACCAACAAUGAACCAGUCCCAUGGAAAAGACUCAGAUGUGUCGGUACAUUCUAUGCAAGAUCAGGGUGCAAGAGAGAAUCUGUAUGGUACCAGUUUGAACCCCACCAUCAAGCCACGUAUGAGCAUGCCUGUAAAAGUGAUAGAAAGCAAAGGGGUUGUGGCAGCUAAAUCUCCAAUGCACAUCACUAAAAUUCAGUCGAAGAAGAAGGUGGUGGCUGGGAAUGAAGAACCACAGCAAAAGACUGAAAACAAACCAGUGCCUUAUGAGAAGAGUGAGUUAAAUGUAACACAUUCUUCUGCAGCCACGAGGAAACCCCCCCAGAAGGAAUCCCAACUUAAUAUCAAAGUCAAGAGCUCUCUUUCAAAACAGCCACACAGAACAGAAGCUCCAAGUUACUCAGCUGUGGAGGGAAAGGCUGUGAAAGACUUCUCAUCACAAGCUAAUUUCAGCAUACUAGAAGACAGCAAAGAUUCUACUUCAGAGAGGACCCUUCCACCUUCAGCAUGUCCAAAAGAGGAAACCAAGAGACCCAGAGAUAGUCACAUCAACACAACUAUACCAGGUCAUUUACUGGAGGCUUACAGAAGCAAAAAGCCCCAUUUGUCAUUGCAGACACAUUCAUCCAAUGAGAUAAUUUCACUGACACCCUUGGAUAGUAAAGAUCUUUCUGCCAAUCCAGAAGAAAAAGGCAAGGUCUCUGAACUUGAACCAACCAAUGAAAGCCACAGAUAUCUACAGCCUGUAAAACCAACUGUGACAAGUGCCCUCCAAAGUUAUGCAAAUACUCCAAUAAAAAAUAAUUUUGUUAACAAUGCACUUCACCAGGAGACAGAGAGCAAAAUACUGGAUGCUCUCAAGCCACCAGGGAGCCAGGUAUUUGUUCCAGAGUAUGGCAUGUCCCCAGGGAGUGCCAAUACAAACACUCUCUAUAGAUCAAGAGAAUACAAUGAAGAAACCAGACCACCAAGCAGCCCAUCUGCUGAGCCACUACCACCAUCUGGAAAGCUCCAAGACAGUAGGGAUCAUUUAAGUAAACUGCAGGCAACAACUGAACAGUAUUUCACAGCUGCCCAGGCUGAGAAUGCAAACUACUUAGCAAUUCCCACGAAGGGCCAGAUGUCUGAACCAGCUCCUACACCCUCAGGGGUCUCCAACCCAGACAUUGCUUCAUUCAGUUCCAAUGUGUCCUUCCAGCCAGGCGGGGAAGCUUCAGCGAGCAAAAUGAGCAAUGAGCCUUCUCAGCCCAAAGCACCAGAGGGGAAGGCAGACACUGAUCAUUCCAAAUCCAGUCCCCCAAGUCACGUACAUCCCUAUCCUCGGCAUGACGAGUCACCCAACUUCAUGAGGAGAAGUGACAGCAGUUUCCCAUGUGGUAAAAGUGCUGCUAGUCCAACCAGGCCUUUUGCUCCACAUUCCCAUGUGCACAGAAAAAUGCUCGUUGAUCCAGACAGUGGGAAAUGUUACUACAUGGAACCACCCAGGCAGCCCCAGCUGAAGAUGCUCUAUGAUCCAGAGACAGGCCAGUACAUUGAAGUGUUGAUACCACCUGUCCCCUUGGCAUCACACAGUGGGCUUUACCAAUCUCCUUUCAACCCACUGGUCAUGAAUCCAGGGGUUUAUGGACCAUCUUACAUGCCAUAUUCAGGAUUUCCAGCAUUCCCCCUGCCACCUCCUCCUGUAGCUAUGCCACCUACCUACCCUGAUCUGCAAAAUCAACAGCCUGCUCAAGAAAGUACAAACUUCAAUGGAACUUUCAGCCAUGUUCCUAAAAGUGAAGCUCCACCACCUACCCAAGCCAGUGACUGCAGCUACAUGGAGAGUUUAUAUUAUAUUCCCACCGGAAUGAAUGCAAGUCCUAAUCCUAAUCAGCCCUUAUUCUCUCCGGCGACAAGUUCAAGUCCUUCUGUGCCAGAGAAAGGGUCCAUGCUCAGGAUGUGAGAUAUGAACAUGCAACAUAAUGAGAAUUCAACAAUGGGUUUCCAGAAGGCAUGUGUAUUGCACAUUUACUUUUGAUCACGUGUACUUUAAAAAAGAAGUCAUGUUUGCACCAGUCCGCAAGACAUGGUGAAAAAGAAAAUAAUUUUGCUCACCUUAUCCAGCUAUUUGGACUUCUGAAGUCAGUAAGAGGUAAUGGCACACCAAGGUUGCAUGGCACAUACCACUAUCUGUUAAUCCUAUUGGUCAUUUUCAAACUAAAUGUAACCAAUCCUGGGCAUCCUGGUGUUCAUGAAGUCAAGAGCAUUUUUGCAACUGACUUCAAAGAGGUCAGGAUUCAGCUGAACAGACUGUAGCUGCCAGUCUGGUGGUUGUUUUGCAGAGUAAACUACUCUAAUGCGGUGCCUGUUCCUGGGAGGUGCUGAACACCUUCAACCAGAAUUCUGCAUGAGUUGCACUGAGAGGGUUUGGAUCAGGCCCUAUUGUCGACUAGGAGCAGCCAUUUUAUCUUAAAUUAUGUUCCUGCUGUAUUCCCUGUUGGGUCCAGACUUGAAACAUGGAACUUCCCAGUAUUCAAAAUAUUACAAGUCUCAGACAAAGCCUUUUUUUUUUGGAAAAGUCCAUACAAUGGGGAAUGUACACAUUGUGGCUGGAAAGUCUACAGCCUUAUUUGUUUUGUUGUGUCAGGGAAAGAGUGUGCAUGUAAGGAAAGAUUAAACCACCUGAUGGUGUCAUGACACCAGCCUCUGAGUGGGGAGUUUUUAUGGGACUUGCGAAUAUAUCAUAUACAUUCUCAGAAAAAAAAGCCGUAUCCUAAAUACUACAGGAUCAGGAUAUGCUGUGGUAUCAGGAUAUACUGGCCUCAGCUUCUUCAGGUGCUCCUUGGGUGAAAUACAUUUCUGUGAUAGUGGGAAGGUGUAGACCAGAGCACCUCACAAGCCUUUCUGAAGUUUGGGCUUAUGCUGGAUUUAUGGAACCCUUAGAUUUCCUACCUUCCCACCACACCAGGGCACAUUUCACCCCCUGGACACUGCAAUUCUUUAUAAUAUUGGCUUGGCUUUGCCUUUUCUUACAGUACAUGAUCCUUUGUUUGACAAUUUUCCCCAGCAUUUUUUAACAUGAUUGUUUCCUUCACUUUCUUUGGAAUUUACAGUCUGCAAAAGCCCAGAACAACAAUUACCUGGUGCAGAGGUGGUUGUGUGGAGGACAGUACUGGAUGGCAAUAGUGACCCAACCCACCCAGUGUUGGGACAGAGGAGGGAAGAAUUUUCACGCACUCAGAAUUGAGAGAGUAAAUUGUACAAGGAAGGACAGGGGAGGACUCUAUGCUAGACCCCUAAGGGCCCAGUUCUGCAACCCUUAUUCAUGGGACUAGCCUUUGCUCACAUAAGGGGCCCCACUUCAUAUCAAGUGGCAUUGAAGAACUUUGCGUAAGCCAUGUAUGUUUUAGCUCAGUAAACCAAAACAGUGAUGCUCAGGCUGUAGUUUGUGAGCCAUCACCUGUGGAGAGCUCCCAGGUCACAGGCGGUGCCUACCUAGUGUACGUUUCUGCAGGUGUCAGACUGUUCAUUGCUAAGAAGCCCAAAUAGGUGGCUGGAAACAAGAAGGAACCAGCCUGAUUGCCUCCACUGGGGACCAUUGCCCUACCACAGGGGAGGAAACAGAAUCUGCCUGCAGGGACCAGAGCUGCCUGGGAGACUGCAGCUGCCAGAAGGAGCUGGAGCAGGAGGAAGUGAGGCAGACAGGCAGCUGGUAAUGGGAGGGACAGAAGAGAGCUGUCUGGCUGGGCAGCAUGUGCAAGAGAGCACGGGAGAAAGAGCAGAAAGGAUGGGGAGAGAUGAAGUGAAGCAGCACAGAGCAAAAGGGCAGAUUUGCCUCUGUAGAGGAAGGUGGGUGGGAUCAGCCUGUGAGCCCUGGACAGUCUGUACUGUCUGGCAUUCCCAUCUCACCUUGUCUUAGUGCUGCUGCUCCCAGGGCCUCUGGGCUGGUCAGACACUGUGAGUAGCAGGUCCUGUGUAGUGGCACUGCGCUCUUUUGAGUUGGUGUCUGGUCGAGGCAAAGAUGUUUUAAAAAAGGAGUGUGAAGGGCUGAGGGAUAACACUAAGAGAUAACCAACAGCAGAUGCUAAGGAUGACUGAACACUGAGCUAAGCAGAUUUCUAUCCCAUUCACCCUCUGUGUCCUAACAGAAACUAGCAUGGUGCUGCAAACAGAGCAAGAGAAUGGGAGUCAAGAGUCCUAUUGUUGUUCCCAUCUCUGUCACUGACUCACUGUGGGUGCAUCUACACAUGUCUCUAUGGCACCUUUGUUACUGCACCGUCAUUUAGUAUUUACUUCCUUUUGAAAGUACUAAAUGACAAUGCAGUAACAGCCCAUACUGUGUCAUGCAUGCCGCACUUGAGUUAUAUUUAGCUGCUACAUCGCCAUAGCAACAUGCUAUAACAAGGGAGUGCAUUGCUACGGCGAUGUAACUGCGGCGUCAUGGUUUGUGACCACCAAUGCUACGUCACCGUAGUGCAUUACUACAGCAACGUAGCGUCAUAUGUAGACGCACCCUGUGGGGCCCAGGGUGAGUCACUUAAGUGUGCCUCAAUUUUCCUUUAAGUAAAAUGAGGACAAUAUUACUCAUCUUUGCAAAGCACUUGCACAUUUACCCCUCGUAAAAAGUGCUUUUUAAAUACACUAAUUAUUUUUCCUCUUGGGUACAGAGGGCUACAGGGGCCACAACUACAUGAGACAUUGACUGUGUAGUUAUUACUGCACAGUCAUUUAAUAUUUGUAUAAACAAGUCCUAAAUGAUUGUGCAGUAACCUGCAUUACUGCGCGGUAGUGCCGAUGAAUGGCUUUAUCAUGGCACUGACUGCACAGUAGCUCAAGACUACUGCUCAGUAGCCUCGCAUCAUGAUUUCUGCCAUGCAACGCUACUGUGCAGUAGUUUCGGGCUAUCACACAGUCAGUGUCUUGUGUAGACGCGACUAAGGGGCCUUAUAGAGAAAGCGAGCCUAAAACAAAGGGGCUUUGGCCUGCUGCACAGAUUAAUAACAGCAACGAACCUUUCAGAAGUUCUUGCCCUCUUGGGAAUCCUCUUUGUAUUUCUGUAUGCCCUGAAAAUGCUCCAGGACAUCUCCUCUGAUGACAUCAUGAAUACCACACCUUGCCCAGGCUGCAAUGAGAUCUGUGGUAUUUGUGAGGACACAACUUCAUUUGUGAGGUAUUUUCCAAACCAAUGAGAUUUCAGGUAAGGGGAAUAAAGACUUAUGUGUAAAGGUAAAAUCAAACCCUGAUUCUCUGCUGAAUGUUUAUCAUGACCUAGCUAUGUCUGGGAAAAGGCACAGGUUUAUUUGAAAGUCAAUAGUAGGGACACAGGAGAGACAGAGAAGAGGUCUGGAGACCUUUCUAGGUACCAUGCAUAAUAUUUUUACAUCUACCACAAAGUUUUAUGGAAAGCAUAUUCCAGAAAAGCCCAGAUCAGGAACUCUCUCCAGCUAAGCCACCUUUACUUUUCUUUCUCUCACUGCUUAUCUUGGACAUUAGCAGAGGUAUAACCAGCUGGUACUGCACCCUGGGUGGUGGCAGUGCAUGGUGCAGAGGCCACAGCCAGAGGUUUGCUGCUCCAAGGAAUGGGGCUGUCAACUCCUUUUUUGGCUACCAACAUAUGUGUCAUGCAGCCAUUUAAACACCAUUUUUCAGUGCCAAAACAGGAGGGGCUGCUCUGUCCUCAACCGCUGAUACUCUGUGCUCCCUGGAGCUGGAGCCAGAGCCAGAUUCAGAGCUGGAACCACUGUAGGGAAUGUAUAAGAUGUAAGGGUGGCAGGGGGGUGCAUGGGGGUGAGGUGCCCCCCUACCUCCAUUCCAGUGGUUUCCCCCAGGACUCAUCCCCCACUUGCCUGCUCAGCAUUACACCAGUGAACCCUAGCCAGGGAGAAGUCUAAUCACUCUUCUCAAUUGCAUGUAUUCUGGAAAGCCUGAAAUGCAAUCUGAUUGGAAAACCAAGGUAAUCAAAGCAAAGGCCAGGGGGCAGAGAAAACUUUAGUCCCUCCUGCCCUUCAGAUAAUUGGAGAUGCCAUGCUGGAGCAAAGCAUACUUCCAUGAAUAUCACAUGCAAUAUCUGAUGUUUUAAGGAAGUUAUGCCUUCUCUAAUACACCUAAGCAUUUAUUCAGUGCUGUAUAUGAAGAGACAUAUCCUUUCUGACCCCACCAGACAGCACCAGCAGCAAGACCUUUCAUGGCCUGAGGGGCUUGUACUUUCUCUGUCUCUCUUAGACCAGAGAAAUUAAAGGCCAGUAAUGGUAAUACAGUGGUAAUACUGGGAACCCACAAAAGCUAGGAGACGCUGCCACAAAAAUCUUGACUCUUGUCCAUCACAAUGGGAUUUUUCAUUAAGUGAUCACAGAGCAAUGGGGGUGGGAGGCAAGCUGUUCAUUAGCUAGCUAGGGCAGGAUGCUCAAAUGCUACUGGCUGUCAUUAGCCCAACUCUUAUUCCCCAAGUUGCAAAACUCCUACCAACUUCCAAGGAGCAAAGUCACGCCAAUGCUGAGAAUUCCUGAGGGUCUCACCUUGUUUGGCAAGUGUAGGUUACAGAGCACGGCAGUAUAACCAGAAGAGCCACUAAUGGCCAGAACCUGCUGUCAGUUUUCCUGGGGAAUGAAUGGCCUGCAGGAUCUGCCCCUGAGUGCACUGCAUUUUUAUACCAAAGAGAAACUAGGUCUUCAUGGAGUCACUACUGGAGGAGUCAGGGAGGCAGUGGUCUUUCUUCAGAGGAUACAGAGGAGUUAAUCACAGCCCUUUGAAGAGUUUUAAAGGAAGGAUCAUCUUUUAGAGAACACCUGUCCUGGGCCCUGCAAUCGGAUCUCCCAGUGUGAUGGACUGUUGGGAGUAAAUUGCAUUACAAUAGCUUAGCCAUCAGUGGGAUCCUGCUCCACAGGUGCAAGAUCAGGACAUUACUGGGUCUAUGGCUUUAUCUCUAUUCAGAUUUCUACUAAAUGGUUUGUAUGGUGUGGAUGGUAAAAGCAUCUAUUUACUCAUCAGGUUUGGUUCUAAAAUGUGGUCAAUCGUGGUUGCCACACAAAAGCAAUUUGCUGUAUACAAAAGAGUGGUUUCUACAGCUAUGACAUACCACGCUUUUUCCUCCAGAGGAUACACACUCACUCACAUCCCUGCCCAACCAACUGGAAACAUAGCUUCAAAUGGAACCUGCUCGAAUUGUCCUUUUUUCCUGCCUGUAUCUGUGUUUCUUCCUAUGGUCUGGGAAAAUUCUGUGUAACGUUUGAGAAGUUUAAAAACCAAUAUAUUUUUUAAAUAGCAAUACAA